CUUAAGACAAGUGACUUGUUUUUAUGAUGAUUUUUCAUUUUUAAAUAUUUAAAUUUUGAAUUUUUCACUAAUUCUAGUAAUUCUUAUCGCGAUUUUUAACAUACUUUAAUCUAAUUCAAUUAUAAGUUAUGGAUUUACAAUAUCAAGAAGCAUUUACAAAGUUAGAACAAAAUCCAACAGGAGUAUUUGAGGAAGCAAUAAGACUGCUGUGUAAAAUUGGAGAAAAUAUUUUAAAAAAUCCUUUAAAAUCCAACAUUCGCGUUUUAAAAAAAAGUAAUGAUACCAUUGCUAAUAAAAUUUUGGGAGUAAAAGGAGGAAAAGAGUGUCUAAUAUUGAUGGGUUUUGAAGAAAAACCCACAAGUUUUGUAAUGAAUAUUAAUGUUCCAAUAAAACAUCUCGAGGAAUUUAUGGAGUCCGCUAAGUCAUGGAAACAACGAGUCCAACAAAAAUAUACUUUAGACACUGGUUCAAUUUCACAUUCUCAAGUUCCUAGUUCAUCACAAACAAAAAACAAUAACCAGCAAGACACAAACGAUGUUAUAAGAAAAUUGAAAUUACCACCUUUACAGACGACUCAUUCGAACGUAUUUUUAAGAUCAUUGGAAAUUUUUUCUCAUGGCGUUUUGCAAUACGAAGAUAAAACACUUAAAGAACGAACUAGAAAAUUAAUUCCUAUAUCUAUUUUGGAAGAAAACGCUCAAAAAAGGUUGAGACUUGUUCAGACGCACAUCAAAAAAAAUAAUUUAGAGGAUCCGGAUAUAUCUAUCCAAGAUAUGAUGAUUUUGGAAUUAUUGCAGUGGUUCAAAGUAGAUUUUUUCGUUUGGGUUGACAGCCCACCCUGUGAAUUUUGUGGAGAAUCAACUAAGUUUUCUCACAUGAGUACAGAUCCUAAGCUAUUACUGUACACUGAUAGAGUCGAGUUGCAUAGGUGUAAACAUUGUCACAAAUUUACGCCAUUUCCUCGCUAUAACGAUUUAAAUAUUCUACUCGAAACGAGACGCGGGCGAUGCGGUGAAUGGGCAAAUACUUUUACAUUGUGCUGCUGUUCUUUGGGAUGGGAUAGUAGAUAUGUUGUUGAUGAAGGAGAUCACGUGUGGACAGAAGUCUAUUCUACCACCCAAAAAAGAUGGUUGCACUGCGAUCCUUGCGAAAAUUUAUGCGAUACUCCUCUUGUAUACGAGUCUGGUUGGAAUAAGAAGAUUUCUUAUGUCAUGGCUUAUUCUCCGGAAGAAAUCCAGGAUGUAACUUGGAGAUAUUCUAGUAACCAUAAAGAUGUGUUAAAAAGAAGGACUGCUUGUUCAGAAGUGGAACUAUUGCAGGCUAUUUUUAAAAUAAGAUCUAAUUUACAGAAAAAUUUAUCGCCAAGUAGAAAGAAGUAUUUAUUAAAGAGGAAUUUGAUGGAGUUAGCGGAAUUUUUGGUAGAAAAGAAAGCCAAAACAGACGAUUUUCAAGGUAGAAUAUCCGGAUCGGAGAUAUGGCGAAUAUCCAGGGGAGAAGUUCAGUCAGCGGCUCAAUCGCAACAUGUAUGGCAAAUAAAACAUGAAGAUAUUAUCGAUAAUAGUGUAACUAUUAGAUAUUCGGUUGCUUUAAAUACAUACGAAUAUAUUUCAGGAAAUAAAACGAUCAAAAAAUUGAUGGGUUGGGAAAAUGGAACGUUUGAGUUCAAAGAAGUGUUUAGGAAAGAAGAAAAUGACUGGAAUAUGGUUUAUUUAGCGAGAAAAAAGUCAGAAGAAAAGGGUUCAUUAUCCUGGAAAUUUGAUUUUACUGAGUCAAAUAAAUCAUUGCAAACUGUAGUUGUACAAACGGAUCAGAAAACAUAUGAGACUGGUAUCGUUAAUGUUAGAAUUUGUACCAACGAUAAUUGUGUGAUAUUACCUAAAGAUAAGUUGUUUACUACAAAUGAUUUUUCUGGAUCAAAUGAACUAAUCAUUACAGCAACCCUGUCUGGAGGAAAGGGUGACACAGCAUGGCAACAUGCUCAGUUAUUUCGGCAAUCUUUAGAUAGUACUGAAUUCAAUUUUAAUAUAACGUUUACUUUUAAAUAGUUAUAUUAUGUUAGGUAUACUUAAAAAUGAA